CUGCCUAUUGCCGACCUUAAUAAUGUCUAUCAUGUGAAUGAUAUUUGAACUGCACAGGUCACAUUGAAAUGUUCCAGGCCCACAGUCAUCAAAGCGUCUAGAGGGGAACCGAUAAUUACUACAAACUCUUCUGAUGGAUCCAGUCUUUGGUGAUGUGGCUGAUUGCUCUAUUUUGAAAUGCUACCAUGAUAUUUCAAAGAAUUUUAAACUUACAGUACUUUAACAGGCCUUUGUACUCAGAGUUUUUUUUUUCAUUUUCAUGUGGUAGGUUACCAUAUCAAGGACUAUUAAAAAGUUGCUUCCUCAAAGCUGACAGAAGAUUUCUGUCACUGAGGGUAUCAUUACAAUGUGGACAACAGCUCUGCCAGUUGCAUUCUUUGACUUUGCCCUGGAAGUUUUAUUCUUUUCAGAGCACCAGUAUACUUUUGGAUAGGGCUUUUUCCAGUGACAGCAAGGCUACUGAUGAGAAUAGUUUUGAUGAAGACUUUGGAACUUUAUCUACUUCAUUUUCCUCUCGGAUAUUUCACAAAAAGUCCCCAAAAACGUCAUGGAGUUCAGAACAGGAGGAAGAUGAUGACGAUGAUACCUCUUGUGGUUCAAUAGAAAACAAGCUAAAAUCAAGGAAAAAGAACACUCCUUACUGGUACUUUCUUCGUUGUAAGAAGCUAAUCAAAAAGCAAAAGUUGGCAGAAGCACUGGAUCUGUUUGAAACCCAGAUGUUGAAAGUAGAACGCCUUCAGCCUGAGGAAUAUAAUUUCACUGUUCUGAUGGGAGGUUGUGGCAGAGUUGGCUAUGUCAAGAAGGCUUUCAAGCUCUACAAUGAUAUGAAGAAACGUGGUAUACAGCCUACUGAAGCCACUUACACAGCUUUAUUCAAUGCCUGUGCAGAGUCUCCGUGGAGAGAGUCUGGUCUACAACAAGCAAAAAAACUGCACCAUGAGCUACAAGAAAAGAAUAUUCAGCUAAACCUAGUUACGUAUCAUGCAUUACUGAAAACAUAUGCACUCGCCUCUGAUUUAAGGAGUUUUUUUGACAUAUUUAAGGUGUGGAGAUGGAUGUUGAAAAUGGGUGUAAAGCCUGACUGUUACAGCUAUAACCUGCUACUCCGUGCGACACGUGACUGUGGAAUAGGAGACCUGGCAGUAGCCUCUCGCUUGUUACUUAGAAAUGAUGAAGAUCACAGCCCAGAGUUACAGUUAAGAAAACAAAAGAGGGAUCAAAAACUUAAAGGGAAGAUGGAGAAGAAGCAUGACAAUACAAGGUUAGCUGCAGCAGAUGUUGAAGCACUGGAAAUGCAGAUCUUUUCAGACUGUUCCAAAGAACAAGGGCAUGAUAUGAUAAAUAAAAAUGAUAAAGAAAUAGACUGUAAAGAUCAAACUGAUUCAGUUGUAAAAAGUACUGAUGUGAACCAUUCGGAGUGCCUCAAUUUGGAGUUGCUUCCUGUAAACAGAAGUUUUGUUACUCCAUCUGAAACUAGUCAAGAUUUAAGAUCUGAUGCAUCUCUUCCUAACCUCCUUGAAUACAAACAUAUAAAAGAUGUAAUUUCAUUGGGGGAAGUGACAACAUCUUCUGAUAGGCUUGCUCUCAUUGGGCAUAUGGAAGGUUUUCUCGAAAACAUGAAGGAGAACAAAGUGAAGCCAGAUAUAAAAACAUUCACUUUAUUGGCUGACAUAGUUGAGCUGAACAGUGAUACUGAAUCUUUGUUAUUAACUGAAAUGGGCAGGCACAAGAUCAAAUCGGAUGUCUCUUUCUUCAAUGCUUUGAUAAGGAAGAAGAGCAAGCUGGGCAAUCUGGAAGAUGCAAAAGCUUUGUUACCAGUUAUGGAGGAAAGAGGGCUGUCUCCAACCAUCCAGACUUUUGGCAACUUGGCAUUUGGCUGUAGGAAACAAAAAGAAGGACUUGAGCUUCUUGCUGAUAUAAAGAAGUCUGGUUUUAAUGUCAGUGCCCAUGUGUACAGCACUCUUAUUGAUGUUGCAGUUAAACAGUUGAAUUACGACUAUCUUACCGAAAUACUGAGAGACAUGAGGACAACUCAAGUCCCACCCAAUGAAAUCAUCAUCCGACAGCUGGAGUUUGCAGCUCAGUACCCUCCCAAUUUUGACAGAUAUAAAUGCAAGAAUACUUACCUGGAAAAGAUUGAUGGCUUUCGGGGUUAUUACUACCAAUGGUUGAAGUGGAUGUCAGUAGAAGAAACACCACACCCGUGGGCUAAAUACCGAACACCAAAAGAUUCUGCAGGAUCUAAAGAAAGUAGUGACUGCAUAACAGAGAAAAGUAUUUCUAAAAACUGAGAUAAAGCCCCCAAUGUGUUAGAAGUUGUGAAUAUUUUCAAAACUGUCAUAACAUUAUUUUGUUUGGCAUGCCCUCCAUUGGAUGACUAUUAAAACUGGCAAGAGAUGUCAAAAAUGUUUACUGGUAUUUUUUUAAUGAAAUUUCACGGGUAUAUCUCUGUGUAUUCUUCAUUAGGUACAGUUUUAUUUUUUUCUAUUUCAGUAUAAAAUCAUAUCAUUCAAUACCACAAAAGUGAACUUCAGAGUACUGCUCAACUAAGGUAUUAGCAGGCCGGAAGUCAUUUUUAAACUGUGAUUACUGAGGAGAGUUCUUGCUAAAGGGGUGAUGCAAUGCAAGUUUACCACUCUUUAUGCUGAAACCACAUUAUUUAAAGGGCUGAUGCUUUUCAUGUAUUUUAUGGGAACAGAGAUAUUUUUAAGGGAGUGGAGGUAUGGACAUUUGUUUGUUGCCAUCAAAAGGAAGAUGGUUGAGGGUGUCAGGGAUUGUAAUAGCAGACCAGAGUGGAAGACAUUUUUUUGUGAAAAAGCAGUCAUAAGCCAACAUCGGAGAGAAGGAAUCCAGUUACUGCUGGGGAUACUGCACCUGCACCUUUGGUUUCAUGCCAAGCAAAGUAAAAGUAUCAUAAUCCACUGAGUAGUUUAUACUUGAUCAGAAUAUUGCCAUCCAUUUCUUAAAAUACAACUGCAUUAAAAAAACUUUAAAAAUAUA